AUGGACCAAAUUUGGGAACCAGAAGAGAAAAGGAGUUAUAACCAAAAGAGUGAAGACUGUCCAGACGGCUUAUCGAGAAUCGCGCCAACCGCGCACCCGGCCGAGAGGAACUAUGUCCGCGCUCGGCCAGAACAUCCGUAUUCCAUCCGGCCAAGUCACGGCCGAGCUCACGUACCGACCCGGGAAACAUUGUCCCGCGGUCGAGCCAAGCUCGCCACCAUAAGCCGCGCACGACCGCGCCGCGCGAACCGGGAACAGCCUCGCGGCCGCGCAACUCAUGUCCGCGGCCGAUCACCCGUCCGACCGGGAGAACGUCCCACGUCCGGCCGAGAACCUUCGGCCAAACCAUCCGCCGCCGACCCGACGGCCGACCGAAGAAUCCUCGGCCACGACCCCGACCGUUCCGAUGCCGACCACGACCCGAUUGUCCGGCCGAUCGUCCCGACCGACCGUCCCAACGCCGCGGUCGACCCGAAGCCCGUUUUGAAGCCCAAACUUUGUUUUCAAGCCCGGCUUAACCCUAAGCCGCCUCUGAAGACCUAG